AUGCUACAAGGCGAAUUCCAGUUGAUGAAAGCCAUCUAUAACCUGCUGCUAGACUUUGUACCAAAGCCGAACGCCUGGGGCACGUAUCAGAGCAAUCCAGACACCCACUUCUUCUUGUGCGAAUACCGUGAGACGGCAGAUGAUAUGCCUGAUCCCGAGAACUUCUCGGUACAACUGGCCCUGCUGCACAAGAACAGCGAGUCUCAUACUGAUGAGUUCGGCCAAUGGAUGCCAGCCUGCAACAAAUUCGGCGCCUCCUAUGUUACCGCCUAUCGCUCGGAUGUUGUCAGCGAUGAGAAGCAUUACCCAUGA